AUAAAUAAUAGAAUUGCAACUUUACGUUAUAAUAAUCUAGGUCGAAACAUUAUGUGCGAGAAUUAUUUCACAUUUUACGUCACAAGUCAUCAGAUAAGACUUUACUAUUGCCAAUUACUUAUAUACUUAUAAGUUAUAACCAGUUUCGACUUGGUAGUCUUCGCGUGUGGAUCGUGGCUUUACGUUGUAACGUGAAUUUCAUAACUUUUUUACGAUUACGCAGUUAUUGCGAAGUACGUAAGCAUUAAUACGUUUUAACAAGUUGUACCUUCGUCAAUUCGCCAAAAUGACAAAAGUAAAUACAGAUUUGCAAAGAGAAAGAGAUAAUUGCACGUUCAAUAUAACGGAGUUAACAAACAUUUUGGAUGGAGGUGUUCAAAAGACUGCCGAGAGAAAAUUGCGAGAGGACACAGUACUAAAACAGUUGUACAACACAACUGAUGUACCAGCCAUAUACUUGAGUCACAAAGAGAAAUAUGAAGCUGCUGUCAAGAAAGCAUGUGCAAUGUUUCAAAUGAUAAGAAAGUUGCAGGAAGAGGAAAAUACAGGAAUGGAAAAUUAUCAGGCUCUUCUGGGUGGGUCUCUAGGUUCAGCUAUCCUGGGCGAUGGCAACCCUAUCACAUUGCAUUAUGUUAUGUUUAUACCCACCAUUAUGGGUCAAGGAACAGUGGAACAGCAAGCUUAUUGGAUUGGAAGGGCUUUCAACCUCAGCAUUAUUGGAACCUAUGCCCAGACCGAGUUGGGCCAUGGAACAUUCAUCCGCGGACUGGAAACGACAGCUACGUACGAUCCAUCCACCAAAGAGUUUGUUCUCAACUCACCCACUCUCACCUCGUACAAGUGGUGGCCUGGAGGAUUGGCCCAUACGGCAAAUUACUGCAUCGUAAUGGCGCAGUUAUACACACAGGGCAAAUGUCAUGGCAUUCAUCCGUUCAUAGUACAACUGAGAGAUGAAGAAACGCACAUGCCUCUACCUGGUAUAAAGGUCGGGGAGAUUGGUGCAAAACUUGGCAUGAACGGCACGAAUAACGGGUUUUUGGGGUUGGAACAUGUCAGGAUACCAAGAGAUUAUAUGUUGAUGAAGAACUCAAAGGUUUUAGAGGACGGCACGUACGUGAAUGCACCCAGUUCGAAAUUAACUUACGGUACAAUGAUGUUCGUACGAGUGAUGUUGGUGAAUGACAUGUGCAAUUAUAUAGCCAAGGCGGUUACCAUAGCAACCAGGUACUCGGCUAUUAGGAGACAGUCGCAGCCUAAACCAAAUGAACCCGAACCACAGAUCCUAGACUACCUAACACAGCAGCAUAAGUUGUUCGUUGGUAUUGCGUCUGUACACGCUUUUAAGACGAACGCCGACUGGAUAUGGAAUAUGUAUAAUAAUGUCACUGCUGAGAUGGAGAGUGGAGAUAUGGAAAGAUUGCCAGAGCUACAUGCUCUAUCCUGCUGUCUUAAAGCAAUUGUGACAGCAGAUGCGGCGGAAUGCGUAGAGCGAUGCCGUUUAGCGUGUGGCGGACACGGAUAUAUGCUGGCCUCGAAUCUGCCGCUUAUGUAUGGCCUGGUCACUGCUGCUUGCACUUAUGAGGGAGAGAAUACCGUGCUGUUACUGCAAACUGCUAGGUACCUAGUAAAGUCGUGGCAACAAGCGUCUUCAGGCAACACCUUGACCCCGACCGUGUCUUACAUCUCCCGAGUGGGUAACGGACGUCGUUCUCCACCCUGGGACAACACUAUCGAAGGAAUCGUCGAGGGUUUCUAUAAUGUGUCUGCGGGAAAAAUCGGUUUGUGCGUCGCGCAGAUAGAGAAACGUCAGAAGAGUGGUAUGUCGUAUGAAGACGCGUGGAAUAUGACUUCUGUUCAGCUUAUAUCGGCUUCUGAGGCGCACUGCCGAGCAAUAAUCUUGUCCACAUACUACAAGGAGACGCAAGAAUUAGUGAAGACAGUGUCGGCUGAGUUAAAAACAGUGCUUUUGCAGCUAGUUGACUUGUACGUUGUGUACUGGGCGAUUGCCAGAUUGGGAGAUUUACUUAGGUUCACAUCGAUAUCGGAGCGCGAUAUCGAACAAUUGCAGAACUGGUACGAAAAUACAAUAAGCAAAUUGCGUACAAAUGCCGUUGGACUGGUCGACGCUUUCGAUAUUAGGGAUGAGAUUUUAAAUUCAACACUUGGAUCGUACGAUGGUAGAGCGUACGAGCGACUUAUGGAAGAAGCGAUGAAGAGUCCACUAAAUGCUCAACCUGUUAAUGAAAGUUUUCAUAAAUAUCUAAAACCAUUGAUGCAAGGAAAACUGUGAUUGCACCAGAUAUAAUCAGACCAAAUAUAUAGAUUUAAUACUUUUUACUUGAUAAAAUAUUAAUUGUGUUCAAGUACUUACAAAUCUUAAAAUUUUAUUGUACUUUUAACUAUUUACAGCCCUUUCAAUAAAACUUAGCUAACAGUUAUCAUAGAAUAUUGAAUAGUUACUAUUUCUACCUGUUUCCCGCGCUUUUAUUGAACUAUUGACAGGAGUAGUAAGUGUAAAGUAUAGUGAUAUAACACCCAAACAUAUAUUAUCCGAUUUCCCGUCAAAAAUUAUGCUUUACACUUUUACAUAGACAAGCAAUAACCAACUUUCCUUGAAAAUAAAACAAACACAAAAAAGACAUUGAUAGCAAUUCAAUAUAUAUAAGCCGAAUUGGAGUACAACAAAACCAUCAAAGAAGACAGUUAUAGUAAUUUUAGUAGAAAUGUCCUAUAAAACGUUAAACGUUUUACAAAAUCUACUGUACUGUAAUCUUUAAAAGCAAGUUGAUUACUUUAAUUUUAUUAUAAGCACCAUGAUGAUAUUUUUCAAACAGAUUAUUUUUAUAUUUAUUGUGUUAUAUACUAGACUAUAUGGAGUUUAAGAAUUUUGGAAGGCUGUUAACAUUUUAUAUGGUGCAGAGAAUUAUAUUGCAGUUAAAUUAGAUUUAAUUCUACUUUUUAUCUAGGGUUACCGGGAUGAAUUUUUUUUUUAUAAAGUUAUAAGUUUGUUAUGAUUUUGCAUUCCAUCCAUUAAGAUCGCUUUGCAUAUUGUAUACUACAUCGCUUUUUUGGAUAGUAUAAUAUUAAUUAUUGCCAUUAGGUGGUGGUUAUUACAUUGAGAUGUAUUUUAUUGUUACUAAGCAUGGAGAUCUAAAACAUGAGAUUUUAAUUUUUACAAUAAAUUUUAUAUUUCGUUAA